UAAUCUUCAAGAGAGAGAGAGAGAGAGAGAGAGAGAGAUGGAGACAGUGUCCAAGUGCUUAGAGGGAGAGAGAGAGUUACUAUAAGACAGUGUGUAGAUAAAGAAAUAUAGCUUUGACUGUCUACUAAUAAGCCCAGAACCCAAAACACCAAGCAGCAGCUUCCUCCACUGAAUCAAUUAAUGGUUUCUCUGCUGCUGCUAGUAGCUCCUGCCAAUCAGCCUCGUAAGAUGGCGGUGGUCUGGCUUUUGUAGCAAGUUUGAGAGAGGAAAAAACCCCAUCGAAAGUGAGAAAAUAUAAAAAAGAUCCUUGCUUUCUUCAUGGGUAGGGUUUGUGGUUGAGAAAGAAGUUUUACUUGUAGAAGAGAGUACACAAAACUUGCUCUCUCACAAGGCAAGAAAAAGAGAGAGAGAAAAGGGAGAAAACAAGUCUCUAUUAGCAUAGACAAAACAACUACUACUGCAACAACAAGGUUUUGUAAGAGAGGUAGGGUUUGGUGUGAAACAUAGUACCAACUCUCUCUCUAUUCACUGCUACUGCUACUACCAUGGAUGGUUAUGAAGCAACAAGAAUAGUUUUCUCGAGAAUCCAAAACCUAGACCCAGAAAAUGCUUCAAAAAUCAUGGGUCUUCUUUUGAUUCAGGACCAUGGUGAAAAGGAAAUGAUUAGGUUAGCUUUUGGACCAGAAGCACUUGUUCACUCAGUAAUCCUUAAAGCGAGGAAAGAACUAGGACUUUGCUCUCCAACAAACCCUUCUAAAAGUCCUUCGCCCCCUUCGCCUCUAUAUUCAAGCAACCCAAUAACCAUCUCUAGACAGAAUUCAUCUUCUUCAACUUCAAGACUUGGGUUUAACAUCCCACCUUCACUUACUAUCCCAAACCCUUCAUCAAAUUUUUCUUCUUCUUGGAGUGACCUUCCAAACCCUGAUGACUUGAUUAGUCCUAAUGGUAGUUCACUCAAUCCUGCUUCUGCUCCUUUCUAUGCUAAUGGAGUAAGAGGUGGAGGAGAGUCUGAUUUGAUGGAUGAGUUUCAGCUCCAAGACCAGCUUUCAUUCUUGAAUGACAAUUCAGCAAAUCUUGGUCCAAAAAGCUCAGAUCUUUUUUACUCUCAACUGGAUGCUUUAUCAAGUCCAACUGGUGCUAGUGAUUCUGUGAUGUUUCCUUCUUACUGGGGUGGGUCUGUGCACAGAAGGAGCUGUUCUGUCAGUGAUGUUUUGGGGUCUGAGGAUCCAAAUUCAGGCUUUGGGUGGAGACCUUGCCUUUACUUUGCUAGAGGGUACUGUAAGAAUGGAAGUAACUGUAGGUUUGUUCACGGUGGGCUCGGAGAAUCUGAUGGUGCAGGUGUUGUUGUGGGUUCACCUAAUGGUAACAACAAGAUUGAUAUGAUGGACCAGUGCCAUGAGUUGCUUAGAUCCAAGUCUGCUCAACAGCAAAGGUUAGCUGCUGCUUCUCAGCUCAUGGGUGGCUCUGCUGCUUCUUUUCCUUACUCUCCUAAAAGCAUGAACUUUCUUCUUCAACAACAGCAAAAUGAUAGCCAGAGGGCUGCUGCUGCUUUGAUGAUGGGGGAGGACAUGCACAAAUUUGCAAGAUCUAGGCUUGAUAGGAAUGAUUUGAUUAAUCCUGCUUCCAGGCAGAUCUACUUGACUUUCCCUGCUGAUAGCACUUUUAGAGAGGAAGAUGUGUCAAAUUACUUCAGUAUUUAUGGGCCAGUGCAAGAUGUGAGGAUUCCUUAUCAGCAGAAGAGGAUGUUUGGAUUUGUUACCUUUUUGUAUCCAGAGACCGUGAAGAUAAUAUUGGCCAAAGGGAACCCUCAUUUUGUUUGUGAUGCAAGGGUGCUUGUUAAGCCUUACAAAGAGAAAGGCAAAGUCCCAGACAAGUACAGGAAGCAACAGCAGCAACAAGUUGAGAGGGGUGAGUUCUCACCAUGUGGUACUCCUACUGGCCUUGAUUCCAGAGAUCCAUUUGAUCUCCAACUUGGUGCAAGAAUGUUUUACAACACACAAGACAUGUUGUGGAGGAGGAAGCUAGAGGAGCAAGCUGAUUUGCAGCAAGCCCUUGAGCUUCAAAGUAGAAGAUUGAUGAGUUUGCAGCUUCUUGAUGUCAAGAAACAUCAUCAUAGGGCUCUUUCCACUGGCAGCCCUGUCCCCUCCCCAACUCACUCUCCAAAUAUUUUCAAUCAAUCUCUUGCCUUUCCUCCACUCCACAGCAACACAGAAGUUCCACAAGAGAAUUGUUCUAGCCCAAUGCCAGCCAUUUCAGUGGCUGCCCCAACUGAAAAACAGAUAUCAAAUGCUAAUUCUGGGAAAGAAUGUACUAGCAGUGAAGAGAAUGGCAGUGGUAAAGAGAGCUCCCAUGGUGAAGACAGCGAUUUACAAGAAAGUUUGGAGCACAACCUCCCUGAUAGUCCCUUUGCAUCUCCUACCAAAGGCUCCGGGGACUACUACUCUGCCUUCAUCCAUGGAGUUCCUGACCUCUCCCAUGAAAAGGAUGCUAACAUCCCGGCUUCAUCUUCUGCUAACAAUAGUUUGGUCACUACAAGUCUAAUCUCUCCUAAUUCUUCACUAGAAAUGGCAUCCUUCAAGUCCUUCAAUUGCCAAAUGCCCAGGUUUUCAUCCGGGCAUGGAGCAAUAGGGAUGUAUGCCAACACAGAUGGACCUACCUGCCCUGUUGGAAUUUAGCUUUUCUGUGCCUAUAGGAAGAUUGAGAAGUGUAACCAAACAAGAACUCACAUCAAAUAUUAUGUAGAGAUUGAAACAUCACCACCACCACUACUAGCGACGUUCACCAUAUCUUGCCACCAUCAUCACCAUUAAUACUAUACUACUUACUACCAUACAAAUUGCAUACGUGAAAGGGAGAGAAGGAAGCGGGUCAGCCAUUCCUUUCGUUGUUGUACCAUUUUCAUCACUCAUUUCAUUUCAUCAGUAGUUGAAGUUGGACCACAGGUAAAGAAAGCAAAGAACAAAGAAGAAGAAUCACACAAUGUGUAGUUGUAAGUUGUAAUUUCAUGGAACUGUAAUUUCUUUCCCUUUCCCUUUUUUUCACCACUCCUGUCUCUACCCUAGAAGAAACAAAGAAAGCUCAUAUUUAGUGUUAGUUUGUGUUGUUUUUAGGGUAUAAUCAAAAUCUUUGUACAGCAGAAGCUGAACCCCAGAGAUCAGAGAAUCUAUAUACUACUUAUCUAUCAA